AUGGGGAGAAGAAAGAUUGAGAUCAAGGCUAUCAAAGAUGAUAGGAACCGCUCAGUGACCUUCUUGAAGCGCAAAGGAGGUUUGUUCAAGAAGGCGCAUGAGCUUUCCGUCCUCUGCUCCGUCGAUGUCGCGGUUGUAAUAUUUGGCAGCAAUAAGAAAUUAUACGAGUAUUCUAGUGGUGAUAUUGGAGAGAUUAUGACAAGAUAUCAAUACUAUGGAGGUGCCAACGAACACAAAGGACCUGCCGAUUAUUCAGGCAAAGGAAAGGGAAUGGACGAUGACGAAGAUGAUGAUGAUGGAUCUCCUCCUUCUCAUCACGGCUCAGUCGAACCACCACAAAUGAUGCCUCCUCACUUUCAACACCAGCCAUACCAGCACAUCCGCCAUCAUACUCCAUCUGCCUCUCCUCCAAUUCCAAUUCCAAAUGGUGGUGUCUUUCAACAUAUUACACAACAACAAAGACAGCACACACCACAACCAGGAAUGGGAUCUCGACCAUCAUCUAGAAAUGCUCCACGAAGACAAAGCUCCCUUGUACCACAGCAUCCUCAAGGCCCUCCGACCAACGGCCAAUUUGCUUAUGCGCCAAAUCCACCACUAUACAAUCCUCAAAUGACACCUGGUCUGCCACCACAUGCUCAUGGUCUUCCGCCGCAUAUACAAGGUCCGCCUCAAGGAAUUCCCCAUCCACAUCAGAGUCCUGGACCACAAUACGCACAUUUUGUAACUCAUCAUCUGCAUCACAACCCUCAACGACCCUCUCAACAAAAUCCCGAACAUCACCCCCAUCAACAUCCCCAACAGCACAUGCAGCAGCAUCCUCAGCAGCAUCCCCAAGCGCAACACCUACAACAGCACCCACAGCAAAUCUCUCAACAACACCCUCAUCCGCAACAAGUGCAACAGCUGUAUGUGGAUGAGCAAAGAAGAUCUUCAGUACCACCACUACCAUUUCAACCACAAGAAAGACCUGCAUCUUCGCGCGCAACUCCUUCUCCCCCACAGCCUCCACAACAGCGAAUGCCACAACCUCCACCUCCGCCUCCGCCUCAACAGCCUCAAACCUCGCCAGAACAGCAACAAGCUCAUCCAUCGCAACAGAUGCUGGAGCCAGUCAAGCGCUUAUCUGUAAAAUCAAGAAGUAUUUUCACGCCAAUUGAUGAGAGUCGAUCCAUUCUAUCCCAACACUGGGCAAGCUCAACUUCCAAUGCCGAUACAGUAAAAGAAGAACCUGACGAUCGCUCUCAUUCUGUAGACGUUACAGUAAGUCGUAUCAAGCCACCUUCACCACUUCAAAAAUCACAAACACAUAACAAAAAUCGCAACAUAUCCAUGUCAUCCUUACCAGACGGAUUUACGCCGCCAUCUCGUACAAACAGUGCACAAUUGAGUGUAGGCGGUGGCAAAAGACCUGUGCUCAAGGUGCAGAUUCCGGAAGAGGCAUCGGAUAAUGGUGGAUCUGCCACUGCGGAAGAUCUCUCAUCCCCACAAUCUGCGAGUGCGACUAACCAUCAGGCACGUCGCAAUGGCGGUGAUCAUGGCGGAAUGGUACUCCCACCACCUUCGCCUUCCGCCUCGGCUUUGUUAUCAGCCGGUGCAUCGGGGCCUCCUAAUCCUUUCGCACGACCACAUCCUGUUACACAGCCUGCCCAAGGAUCCAAUGCAAGUGGAAACAACAAUAACUCGAAUAACAAUGUAAUAGAGAACGUGACACCGGUCUCGGCUCUUCCGUCGCGUUUCAUGAAUAAUGAUUUCCUCCCAAGCCCUUCAUCAUUCUAUCCUGAAUGGAAUUAUGGCAGAGGCGGUGAUUCAAAUACAUUACCUAGCCCAUUGAAUUUUGCAACACCUGUUGUGGGCACAGGUCCAAGUUUUCUCCGAGACGAUAAUGGUGAAAGGGGUGGUAAAAGAAAGACGCCCGAAAAAGAUGAAGAUCGAGAUGGUGGAGAUCAAAAAAGAGUGAAGCAUGAAGGAUAA